UCCCACUUUCCAAAUCUCCAUUUAAUAUUCCAUCUCACUUCUCUGAUCUUCUUCAUUCCCAUCUCACAGGACCUCCUUCUCCUCCUAUACUCUCCCUCUCUCCUGUACCAGGAGAAGCAGAACAACAACAAGAGGAAGAAGAGUACAUCCAUCAAAAUUAUUCAGGUUAUCUUGAACCAAAAAUAAGAAACGUAUACUGAGUUUUUGUAAGUAAAGAAUCAUGGCUCGGGCUCUGGUUCAAUCCACGAACCUUUCAGCAGUCAUUGUUGGUGAAAAUCAUGGACAACUUCAAGGAUCUUCUGGAAAAAACAAAAGGACAGUCAAAAUGAUGUGUAAUGCUCAAGCUUCGACAAAGAGAAUGCAAGGUUUUUCGGGAUUACGGGGAUCCAACGCUUUGGAUUCAAUGGUAAAGUCUGGGAUGGAUUUCCACUCUAAGGUAGCAGCUGCAAUCUCUGCUCCACGUGGAAAGGGAAGCCGUGCUGUGGCUAAAGCUAUGUUUGAGCGCUUCACAGAGAAAGCUAUUAAAGUUAUCAUGCUUGCACAAGAGGAAGCAAGACGCCUUGGGCACAAUUUUGUUGGCACAGAACAGAUAUUAUUGGGUCUUAUUGGUGAAGGCACUGGAAUUGCUGCAAAAGUUCUCAAGUCCAUGGGAAUUAAUUUAAAGGAUGCUCGCGUUGAAGUGGAGAAGAUUAUCGGCAGAGGAAGUGGAUUUGUUGCUGUCGAGAUACCAUUCACUCCUCGUGCCAAGCGUGUUUUGGAACUGUCACUUGAGGAAGCGCGACAACUUGGCCAUAACUAUAUUGGAUCCGAGCACCUGCUUUUGGGACUGCUCCGUGAGGGUGAAGGUGUAGCAGCACGUGUGCUUGAGAACUUAGGUGCUGAUCCAAGUAAUAUUCGUACCCAGGUUAUCCGCAUGGUAGGUGAGAGCACAGAAGCUGUUGGAGCUGGAGUUGGAGGAGGCAGCAGCGGAAAUAAGAUGCCUACACUUGAGGAAUAUGGUACUAAUCUCACAAAACUGGCUGAAGAGGGUAAGCUUGAUCCAGUUGUUGGUAGACAACCACAAAUUGAACGUGUAACUCAAAUAUUGGGUAGGCGAACAAAGAAUAAUCCCUGCCUCAUUGGAGAACCUGGAGUUGGAAAAACUGCGAUUGCUGAAGGACUUGCUCAACGAAUUGCAACUGGUGAUGUGCCAGAAACUCUUGAGGGGAAGAAGGUCAUCACCUUGGAUAUGGGUUUGCUAGUUGCGGGUACAAAGUAUCGUGGAGAGUUCGAAGAGAGGUUGAAGAAACUGAUGGAAGAAAUUAAGCAGAGUGAUGAGAUAAUACUCUUCAUUGAUGAGGUGCAUACACUUAUUGGAGCAGGAGCAGCAGAGGGUGCCAUUGAUGCUGCCAACAUCUUGAAACCAGCUCUUGCCCGAGGAGAAUUGCAGUGCAUUGGUGCUACCACUCUUGAUGAAUACAGGAAGCACAUCGAAAAAGACCCAGCAUUGGAAAGAAGAUUCCAGCCAGUAAAAGUACCUGAACCAACUGUUGAUGAGACCAUACUGAUUCUAAAAGGUCUUCGAGAGAGAUACGAGAUUCACCACAAAUUACGAUACACAGAUGAAGCCCUAGUUGCUGCAGCGAACUUAUCAUACCAGUACAUCAGUGAUCGGUUCCUUCCUGAUAAAGCAAUAGACUUGAUUGAUGAAGCUGGUUCUCGAGUGCGACUUCGUAAUGCUCAGCUUCCUGAGGAAGCCAGAGAACUUGAAAAGGAAUUAAGGCAAAUUACAAAGGAGAAAAAUGAAUCUGUUCGCGGCCAGGAUUUUGAAAAGGCUGGGGAAUUGAGAGACAGAGAGAUGGAUCUUAAAGCCCAAAUAUCAGCUCUCAUUGACAAGGGCAAAGAAAGAUCCAAGGCAGAGUCUGAAGCAGCUGAUACAGGUCCAAUUGUGACAGAAGUCGAUAUACAGCACAUAGUCUCUUCAUGGACUGGUAUUCCCGUCGACAAGGUCUCCUCUGACGAAUCCGAUAAACUUCUGAAGAUGGAAGAAACGCUCCACAAGAGGGUCAUUGGCCAGGAUGAAGCCGUUAAAGCCAUUAGUCGUGCUAUCCGCCGUGCCCGUGUUGGACUUAAAAAUCCUAACAGACCAAUUGCCAGCUUCAUAUUCUCUGGACCUACUGGUGUUGGAAAGUCAGAACUUGCUAAGACACUGGCUGCCUACUACUUUGGCUCUGAGGAAGCUAUGAUUCGGCUAGACAUGAGUGAGUUCAUGGAGAGACACACUGUUUCAAAGCUCAUUGGGUCUCCACCUGGUUACGUCGGCUACACCGAGGGUGGUCAGCUGACUGAAGCAGUUAGACGGCGGCCUUACACGGUAGUCCUAUUUGAUGAGAUUGAGAAAGCCCAUCCUGAUGUCUUCAACAUGAUGCUUCAGAUUUUGGAAGAUGGUAGGUUGACAGACAGCAAGGGCCGAACCGUGGAUUUCAAGAACACGCUUUUGAUAAUGACCUCCAAUGUUGGAAGCAGUGUGAUCGAGAAAGGAGGUCGCCGGAUUGGGUUUGAUCUCGACUACGACGAGAAGGACAGUAGUUACAACAGGAUAAAGAGCCUCGUGACAGAGGAGCUCAAACAGUAUUUCAGGCCAGAGUUCCUCAACAGGUUAGAUGAAAUGAUUGUCUUCAGGCAGUUGACCAAGUUGGAGGUGAAGGACAUUGCAGACAUAAUGUUGAAGGAGGUGUUUGAGAGACUAAAAGUCAAGGAGAUUGAGCUCCAAGUAACAGAGAGAUUCAGAGACAGAGUAGUUGACGAGGGCUACAGCCCUAGUUACGGAGCAAGACCGUUGAGGAGGGCAAUUAUGAGGCUUCUGGAAGAUAGCAUGGCCGAGAAAAUGCUCCAAGGAGAGAUUAAGGAAGGUGAUUCAGUUAUCGUGGAUGUUGAUGGCGAUGGAAAUGUGACGGUGCUCAAUGGUAGUAACACUGCGAUCCCGGACGCACUUCCUCCAUCCAUUCCUGUGUAAAUCAAGACCCUUCUUCUCUGAUGGAACUUUUAUGUCCAUGGUCUGUACUUAAUGAACUAAAUAUCAAGUAGGUAUCAGUAACAAUGUAUUUACAUAAAAAAAAAAAAACUACACAUAUACAGCAGCUUAAUUGGGUGCAUGGCUGAACCUACGAAACUUGUUUUCUUCACCACAAGCAAUGCAUGUAUUAUUUAGGUGUUGGACAGAAAAGAAAUGUAAGGUUGGCUAGUGAAUUGAUACUGAUUCAUUCUCAUGCUUUCGAGUUCAA